AUGGGAUACAAACCUUACGAUUUACGUUCUGAACUUCGUUUCUACAAAUGGUACCAUCAUAAUCCGGUAAAUGCCAUAAUACAUAGCAUAUUUGUUCCAAGUAUCUUAUUUACAUCUAUGUGCUUAUUAUCAGCCGUUCCAUUAUCGUUCUUUUCUUUUAAGAUUAAUCUAACUCAAUUUCUUACAAUAUAUUUUUCUGCAUUCUACAUUUUAUUAGAUAAACCAGUUGGGAUACUUGCUACUGGCAUUUUAAUAUUAGCAAAUACAAUCAUUAUGAAACAUAGUGAGCUAAUUAAUAUUAAAAUUAAUUUAAUAAUUUUCGGAUUAUCUUGGAUCUUCCAAUUUAUUGGUCCUGGCAUCUUCGAGAAAAGAAAACCUGCCUUGGUAGACAAUGUAAUCCAAAGCUUAGUCAUGGCCCCCUACUUUAUUCUGUUUGAAGCAAUUUUUAUUUGUGGCGGUUACCAGUCUCUAAGAAGACAACUCCCUCAAGAUAUUGAAGAAAUGGAAAAAGAAGCAAAGCUAAAUGCACUUAUCCACUGCUAA